AUGGGUUUAGCUGCGGCAUCAGGAAUUUCAGCGGACGACCACGGGUUUGUCGGCAGUUUGCGCCUAGCAGCUCCGAAAGCUCUGCUGGCGUUCUGCAUGCAGCACUCCGUUGGGGGCUUACGGGCACUAGGCGGUCCCCUAGCGCCACUGGCAGCAGCAGAGUCCUUGUAUUCUUCGCGCCGCUGCUGCCGGGGCAGCAGCAGUAGAGCAAAGAUGAGCACCUUAACAGUUGGCAGUGGAGGCUUUCCAGCAGCAGCAGCAGCAGCACCAGCUGCUGCUGCUGCAAAAUCAUCCUCAGGCAGCAGUGGCAGCGGGGUGGGGUCUGCAUCCUCGUCCUCAGCAGCAGCAACAGCAGCAACAACAGCAGCAGCAACAGCAGCAGCAACAGCAGCCUCUGGGAUACCUGGAUUUCCCCGAGCUGCACACCAAGCGGGAGAGGUUCCUUCUCCGCGGUUUGGGCAUACUUCAACUUACAUCGGCAUGAAUCGAGUCAUUGUAUUUGGUGGAGCUAUCGGGUCUGCGGGAGGCUACAGCAUCACAAACGAGACGUAUCUUUUUGACGGUGCCUCGGCCUCCUGGCGACGCGUUCUUGCAGAAAAUCCUCCUAAUCCGCGGGCUGCACAUGCCGCUUGUUGCGUGGAUGCCCUCCAACUUGUCAUUUUUGGAGGAGCGACGGGAGGGGGUAGCCUUAGUCCAGAAGAGCUAUAUUUGUUGGAUGUUCGGAAGGAGCCGCAGCUGCAGUGGCUUGCUGUACCGAUCCAGGGGAGGACCCCUGGCCGCCGUUACGGCCAUGUGAUGGCGUAUUGCAAGCCGAACAUCAUUGUUCAUGGAGGCAAUGACGGAGAGCAUCCGCUGAGCGACGUGUGGCACAUGGACGUUGAGGCAUCGCCUUUCCACUGGACAGAAGUGCAACUCGGAUCCGAAAUGAAGAGGCCUCUGCCAAGGGUGUAUCAUGCAGCCGAGGUUUGCCGGGAGGGGCCAGCGAGCGGCAUGCUGGUGAUUUUUGGGGGGAGAGACAGCAACAGUCGAAGUCUUGCGGAUGCGUGGGGUCUUCGGCAGCACAGGGACGGGAGAUGGGAUUGGGUAGAGGCCCCUUGCAAGAAACAGACGCUUCCUGAAGCGCGUUUUCAGCACUCAAUUGUCUUUUUGGAUUCAAAGAUGGUCGUCAUUGGGGGGCGAACUGAUGGCGACUGCUCCAAGCCUCUUUCCACGGCUGUAUAUGACACCGAGACAGUCGAGUGGAGGCUGCUGCCAACUAUGGGCCGUUUCCGCCACAGCAGCUGGGCGCUAAGAAAUACGGUAUUUACAUUUGGUGGCUUUGGUCAUGCGACACAGCAGCAUCCAACAGCGGAGCUGCUGUUCAUGGACUGUUCUCAAAUUCCCAACUUUUACAGCGAAGUAGAGAGGGAUGAACAGAGGAGCAGGGCGACUCGCCAGCGGCAGCAGGCCUUGGCCAUCACAGCAGCAGUCAUUCGACUCGCUUCGCACGCCUCAGUGGUGCAGGAACAAAGGGGGGACUUUUCAGCCCUCGUCAGACGGAUAUCGAUAGAUAAACUGGAGGAGGAAGGACGGAAGAUCAACAAAGCAGGGUGUAGCAGCUCCGCAUCGAUGACGCUGACGCCUGCUGCAGCAAGAGCAGUAGAACUGGCGGACAGGAUCGUCCGGAUACUGCUGCGGCCGUUGCUCACACAGGAUGAACUUAUGAAUUUGUUUGCAACGGAUGCGCCUUUCUGCAUUCCCUGGGCUGAUGUCAACGAGCUGUGUCGUGUGGUGACAGACAUUUUUAAGGAAGAGGAGAUGGUGCUGAAUCUGCGCGCUCCCAUCAAGGUGUACGGGGAUAUCCAUGGGCAGUAUCACGAUCUUAUGCGUCUCUUCCAACUUUACAAAAUGCCUGUAGAAGAGGAAGAGACGGAGGAAUAUUUAUCAGGGAGCAGGGGCCCUCGGGCUGCCGCCCCUUGCGGAGAUCUCGACUCCACCGAUUACCUCUUCUUAGGAGACUACGUGGACAGGGGCAGCCAUUCCCUUGAAACCAUUUGCCUUCUCUUCGCGCUGAAGGUGAAAUAUCCUCGUCAAGUCCAUCUGAUUCGUGGGAACCACGAAGAUCCCGCCAUCAACUCUUUGUACGGAUUCCAAGACGAGUGCAGGCGGCGUCUUCAUGAGGAUCCAAACGAUCCUGCUUCCUGUUGGAGGGCCUUUAAUGCUGCCUUUGAGGUCCUUCCGGUGGCUGCGCUUGUGGAGGGCUGCGUCCUCUGCCUGCAUGGGGGCAUUGGGGGGUCGAUACACUCGGUGGCUCAGUUGGAGGCUUUGGAAAGGCCCCUCAAAGUCGCGCAAGUCCCUCAAACGCCGCAGGAGCAACAAGUCACCGACCUCCUAUGGUCUGACCCAACGGACAGUGAUGCAGUUUUAGGCGUCGCGCAAAAUGAGAUUCGAGAUCCAGAUGGCUCAGGCAGGAUCUGCAAGUUUGGGCCUGAUAGAGUGCACCAGUUUUUAGCAGACAACAGGCUUUCGCUUAUUAUCAGGGCCCAUGAGUGCGUUAUGGAUGGCUUUGAGCGCUUCGCCGGCGGGAAGCUCAUCACGCUUUUUUCGGCAACGAACUACUGCAAUCACCACCAAAACGCGGGUGCCCUUUUGUAUAUUCGGAGGGACCUAACGAUUAUCCCCAAGCUCAUUUACCCUGCUAACGCAAUGUCGCAGUACAUAACUUGGGACGAAAGAAUGACGGAACUGCGGCCUCCGACGCCGCCCCGUGCUCCACCCCGCAUGCGGGAGCAGCAUGAUUUCGAGGGAUAA